GUAUUUGAGAGUUGAUACCUAAUCUGGGUCUUGCCCUUGUCUCUCCCAACCCAAGCCUUUCCCUUAUGUACCAAAUUCAAAUCCCUUCUGUUUGCGUUCAUCCAAACCCUACAACCAUUAGAUCGAACCAACGCGAUUGCGCCGAUCGAAAGCUACUCAACCAGAACAAACAAGAAGAGUGAAAGGGAUAUCUUAGAUUUGUUGCCUCAACUGUGUAAUCCGGUAAUCUGAACAGUAAGCACUUGUCAUAGACUUUUCUAUUGGGAAAGGUUCAUGGUCUUCUCAACUGCCUUUCUCCAUGAAGAUGGCCCCAUUUUUUCUAGAAAAAGGCCAAGAGUGUCAGAUCUUGGACUUCAAGAUAUAGAUUUACGUGCAGAUGCAGGAAUUUGCAGUGAUAUUUCCUUGUUCUUGCACCAAAAUGUAGAAAGGAGCACUAGUGAUAUUCCCUCUUCCAGCAAUAUUGAUGAUAAAGUUGAUCCUGAUUCUGGAAUGGAGAUGAACUGCCCAUCGAUUGUUAAUAGUGGUGAUGUUCCUGUGUGUUCUCCUACAGGGAAUAUUUCGCGCAUGGACCAGAGUUUCUGUGGCUAUGUGCAACAGCCUGCUUUUGUGAGUGGAUGGAUGUAUGUAAAUGAAAAUGGGCAAAUGUGUGGUCCCUAUAUUAAGGAGCAGUUAUAUGAGGGUCUAACUACUGGUUUCUUGCCAUUUGAGCUUCCUGUGUAUCCUGUGAUUAAUGGCACAAUAAUGAACCCUGUACCAUUGAAUUACUUCAAGCAGUUUCCUGAUCAUGUUUCCACUGGGUUUGCAUAUCUUAAUAUGAGUAUCUCAGGCACAAGGAUGCCUACAAAUUGCUUCUCCUCUUCUUAUAAGGAGAUGGGAGUAUAUGAACAGGAUAGAUCUUUAGAGCAUGCUGCUCCACUGACUGUUAACCCUGAUUCACUGUCUGUUUCACAGUCUCAUGUCAAUUACUGUGUUAAGGAAUCCAACCACUUAAAUUCAAACUCAGAGGCAUUCAACAGCAUAAUAUUUUGUCAGAUGUCAGGUGAAGAGUGCUGUUGGCUUUAUGAGGACGAAAAGGGUAUGAAACAUGGGCCGCAUUCUAUUUCAGAAUUGAUUUCCUGGCACCACCAUGGAUAUCUUAAAGAUUCAACUGUGAUUUCUCAUUCUGACAAGAAGUGUUGCCCCUUUGCACUACUGUCUGCUGUAAAUGCAUUGAAAGGAGAUAUCUCUGGAACCAUUUGUAGAUCAGGUUCCACAAGCAAUGAGGCUGGUGAUAUGGUAAACUUAAUUUGUGAAAUAUCUAAAAACAUUUCUUCCCAAUUGCACGUGGGAAUCAUGAAAGCUGCUCGCAGAGUUGUGCUGGAUGGGAUUCUUGGGGAUAUCAUUGCAGAGUUUGUUACUGAAAAGAAACAUAAGAGGCAUAAGCCUGAAUCAGCUGACCAGACUUCUGAAACUUGCGUAUUGGACACCAUGAUGUCUAAGUCUUCUGUGGAGAUGAGUAAAGGGACUGUCAUUGCCAGUGAUCCUGCAGCUUCCCACAUUUUAGAUGAUCAAGCUUGUCAUGAAAGUUCCAGAUCAUCUUCAACAACCAUUAAAUCAGUUGGAAGUGUUGAAAAUUUUUGGUGGUCAUAUGCUGUUGUUCGCAAGGUACUUCUUGAUUAUUGCAUGCAAGUCAUGUGGAAUGCAGUGUUUUUUGACACUCUAGCAGAGCACUUAUCUUCCUGGAGGAAGAGGAAGCUUUGGUCUCAUCCCAAGCCUCAACCAUCUAUUAAUGGAUGUAAAGAUCAUGCUGAAAAGAGUGUAUCAGAAGCUUCAGUUCUCAAGCAAGAUUCCUUUGAAUGCAAUGGUGAUGGCUAUAAUCAGUUCGGAAUACUGGCGAAUAAAAUAAAUUAUCAUCCUCAGUUAUUUUUGCCUCAUAGUAGCCUCAAAGGUGGAAAUUUAUUAGAAGGUCAUAGAGUUUCAAGCUCUUGUCAUAACACUAAAGAUGUGACAUGCAUUCUUGAAAGUGUGGAGAAUGAGCUUUACUUCUCUUCAAAGGUGUCUUUAGCUGAUUACAUUCAAAGUUUUGUUGAAAAGGAAAUGAACAAAUUAAUUACUUCCCUAGAAGCAGACAAAUUGAAUGAGGUUGAUGUUAGUGACCGUGGUUUUUCAGAGAUACUUUCUGGUAAAUCAUCUGUGAAGGAAAUUCUAAAUGACAAUUCGAUGGAUUCUGUAAAAGCUGGGGAUUCAUUUUGCAAGUCUGCAUCUGGAAACCAUAUGUCUAAUGUUUUUUCAAAAGCAUUUAAGGAAUUGUGUGGAUAUGUAGAUGAUGUGGUUGAUGAAGAGGAUCUUACUGACCUACCACCUGGAUUUGAAGAGAAAUCUAGAAGAGGUGUCCCUUGCUACAAUUCAAGAUUUCGACCUUCAAGGUUGGUUGAAUGUAAUCCUAAGAUUACAGAAUAUGUUGCAGCUGCGCUGUGCCGACAGAAGCUGCAUGAUGAAGUUCUAGAAGAGUGGAAGUCAUCGCAUCUUGAUUCAAUGUUCAAUCAAGUUUUUAUGUCAUCAGGUGCCAUAAAGAAACAUUAUCAGUCUAACUGCCAUGAGAAAGGAAAAGCAUUCAAUGCAAACAAGGAACUUUUGAAUCAUGCUACUUCUGGACUGGGAAGAGUGAAGGAAGGAGCAAAUAAUUCUUCUGAAGUUCCUCUGGUGAGUGGGAAGUAUACAUAUUAUCGGAAGAAGUUGUCACGGAAAGAAUUAUUUCCCUCUCAAUCUGUAGCAAAAGAUGAUUCUGGGCCAGGGAAGCAGCCUGUGGCUAAGUUGAGGAAACAUGUUUCUGGAGAUGGAAACAAGACUGCAGAAGUUAAAAUGGCUUCUGUUAAACACAGAAAGACUAGAAUUAUUAAAGGGAAGAAGGAUACAUCUUCUAAAGGCAGGUCUUCUGUUAAUGUCACUGAUAGCUCGCAGGGUGAUCAAUUAUCCUUGAAGAAUAAAACUGGUCGGAAAGUGUUGAAAUUUUCAAGUAAAGUUCAAAAUGAUGUUAUGAAUGUUGUAAAAUCUAAUGUAAAGAGGGCUUCAGCGUCAACUGAUAAUAGUGUUGGUAUGAAGAAGAUUGUCAAAACUGAUGGCUGUGAUGGCACCGUCAAAGGAAAGUCCACUGAUCAUUGCUCCAAAGAGAUACAAAACGCAACAAAUAAAGUGUCAAAAUUAAAGAGGAAGCAUCAAAUGGAUGGUACGGCAUCUUCACAUCGUACGAAGGUUUCAAAAAUUUCAAAUGAUGAUGCUAAUCUGGGAGCCAGUAAACAGGUUACUGAAGCAAGGAGGAAAUCUGCUAAAUCCAAGCCAUUUAAUUUAUGUCUUAGAUCUGAUGGAUGUGCUAGGACUUCUAUUGAUGGGUGGGAAUGGCAUAAAUGGUCUCGAAGUGCCAGUCCUGCAUAUAAAGCACGUGUCAGGGGUCUUUCAUGUGUGCAGAAGAAGUGCAUAGAUUCUGAAAAUAAUUUAUCUCAGUUGUCAAAUGGUAAGGGUCUUUCUGCAAGAACGAAUAGGGUGAAAUUGCGUAACCUUCUUGCUGCUGCGGAGGGUGCAGAUCUUCUGAAAGUGCCUCAAUUGAAGGCACGGAAGAAGCGCUUACGUUUUCAAAGGAGCAAGAUACAUGACUGGGGUCUUGUUGCCUUGGAGCCAAUAGAGGCGGAGGAUUUUGUGAUUGAAUAUAUUGGAGAACUAAUUCGUCCUCGGAUCUCUGAUAUCCGUGAACGUCAAUACGAGAAGAUGGGAAUUGGAAGCAGUUACCUUUUUAGACUUGAUGAUGGCUAUGUGGUUGAUGCUACAAAGAGAGGUGGGAUUGCAAGAUUUGUUAACCACUCUUGUGAGCCCAACUGCUAUACAAAGGUUAUAUCUGUUGAAGGUCAAAAGAAAAUUUUCAUAUAUGCAAAACGGCAUAUAGCUGCUGGUGAAGAAAUUACAUACAACUAUAAGUUCCCCUUAGAGGAAAAAAAGAUUCCAUGCAACUGUGGUUCCAAAAAAUGUCGUGGAUCAUUGAAUUAGGCAGUGAUUUAGUUUCUGAUGCUGAUUCUUCUUUUUGAGGUCCACUUGUAGAAUUGUUGAGUGGACAAAAUUUUUGCCAUAGGAUUAUACUCCCAUAAUUGUGGGAUGUUACAUUCUGAAGACUUGAAGAUACUGUUACUUUAUAUUUCUACUGACAUCAAUUGGAUGAGUUGCAUGAAUACUUGUUUAUGAUCAUACCUUGUAAACCAGAUGGCGAGACUAACUAUCGGCUAUAAGAAAAAUAAGAAAUGUUAUGGAUCAGCAUCGUUGGUGAUAGGUUGAACAGAAUACCAUUGAUGAUUGGUAUACAAUUUGGAUUGCCCGCACGUUCGGUGAUGAAAUAAGUAACUCAUUCAUUCUUGUAGACAUUUUUUGGCAGUUGAGUUUCUUCUCUUAGAAGCUGUAAAUUAUUGUUUUCGUGUUUAUAUGAUGUAGUUGAGGAAUGAUUUGGUACAAAAGACGCCUAAUUCAUUAAUAAAAAGCUUUGGUAACAAAUAGUACAAGCUGUUGAAAAUCACAAC